GUGUUUCACAGUGAACAAUACUAUGAAUUAUUGAUCUGUGUCAUUCUGGCCUUGUUUAAGCAUUUGUGAAGAACAUUCUGGAAUUCAGAUUUCACAAAGUCUUGCUUUUCUUACUGAAGUAGAAGUCCAGGGCUAAAAUGAGGCAGAAUAUAUAAAAUCUUGGUUUCUAGUUAUGUAUCAGUGCAACAGCCGUAAAAGUGCAACAAACAGGAUGUCACCAGAGCUAGUUGUCAUGCUUCCUAGGAUAAGAAAUGGAGUACUGCUUGUAUUGGGUUUAUUUAUGAAACAGAACUUUCUAAGUAUGUUUUGGGACAGUCUUGAUGCAAAAUAGUAUACUUUUUUUGAAGUUUGCCUUCAAAUGAGCCUGUUAAAACAGUCUUUAUUUCAUUUUAACAUUCAUGGUUAGUGCAAAGCUUUCUCAUUUCUCAGAAGUGACUUUCUGCCUGCCUGACUCAUUCUGUGGUCUCAUUAUUCAGUGGAUGUCACAUCAGAAGUCAUAUUGGAGAAAAGAUACAGAAGAUGAUGAUGAAAAAUCUCCCUAUCUUGAGAAUGGGGCCUUUUUUUGCAUAGUUCCAACUUAAUUGUGGAACUUGCCAUCAAAGGAUAAUCUUUUCUUCCUGGGUCGUGAGAGAUCAUUAACUGUUUGUGUUCAAUGGGACGACGAAUUCACUUUGUGGUUGACCCCCAGGGUUGGUGCUGCAUGGGCCUGAUUAUCUUUGUCUGGCUGUACAAUACAAUCUUCAUUCCAAAAGUCAUCCUUUUUCCUCACUAUGAAGAGGGACAUAUUUCAGUUGUGGCAAUUUUGUGUUAUUACUUCUGCUCAUUGUUUUGUAUAGCUUCAUUACUAAGAGCCUCAGUAGCUGAUCCAGGAAAGCUACCUGAAAACCCAAAGAUACCGAUUACAGAACGAGAAUACUGGGAAUUAUGUAACAAAUGCAAUAUGAUGAGACCAAAGCGUUCACACCAUUGCAGUCGUUGUGGACAUUGUGUGAGGAGAAUGGAUCACCACUGUCCAUGGAUUAAUAAUUGUGUUGGUGAAGACAAUCAUUGGCUGUUUUUACAGCUGUGUUUCUACACUCAGAUCCUUAGUUCUUAUACACUGAUACUUGAUUUCUGCCAUUACUACUACUUUUUGCCUCUGAAGAAGGGAAACUGGGAUGUUUUUGUGUUUAGACAUGAACUUGCUCUCCUAAGAAUAUCUGCCUUCAUGGGUCUAAUAAUAUUAGGUGGAAUAAGUGGACUCUUUUAUACUCAGCUAAUGGGUAUUUUCACUGAUACUACAAGUAUAGAAAAAAUGUCAAACUGUUGUGAAGACCUAUCGAGGCCCCGAAAGCCAUGGCAGCAGACCUUCUCAGAAGUUUUUGGCACUCACUGGAAGAUCCUGUGGUUUAUUCCUUUCAGGCAGAGGCAACCACUGCGAGUUCCCUACCACUUUGCCAAUCAUGUCUAAACAGAUGGAUGGUGGGCACAGAUGGGUCCUCCAUGCUGGAAGUGCGUUACAGGUUUUAUGAUAAUAGGACUAUGACAGUCUUCAAGUCAAUUAAAAUCCACCCACCAAUUGUAGGCAUCACAAUGUGCCCCAGGCUUUAUUAUAAUAGUAGUCUUGAUUCUGUUCUGAGAUUAAUACAAGUUGUAUGUUUAAUUUUAGGCAUAUUUACUUUCAAAUUAGCUUUCCAAUGGGAUUUCUUUCAUCUUUUGUUAAUACCAAAACCAAGUGACUGGAAUGCAGCCUUACUCUAUUUGUUUGAUACUGGCUGUUUUAAUUUUUUUUUUUUUUUUUGGUAGGAAACACUGAAUUUUACAUUGAAUGUUAGCUUUCCCACUAAGUGUCUUAUUCUCCCUUGAAUUUUUUUGUGUGUUUUUAUCAGUAGGUCUGUCUAGAUAAUAUUCAUGUCUUUUUUCUGCUACAUCUGUUUAAAAUUCCCUGAUGCUGCCAUUUAUUUAUGAUAAUGCAAUAGUAAUCCUGCAGCACUGUACUAUAAAAGGUAACAUUUAAAACUGAGGCAGACUUCUUCCUAAGCCUUUCUCAGAGAGGUUUUUAUAAAUACACAUAAAUGUAUGUGUUUAUAUAGAGAAAUCUUACAUCUUACAGUUACCUUUCUGCAUAGAUAUGAUCCAAGUGAAAAAUAUUCAUGUCUUUAUGUCAACAAAAGUGAUUAAAUAUUCCAGGGUAAAAUAUGCAGAUAGAAAGCAUGUUUUCCCUAUAUCCCAAGGUUUCUUUGCAAUAAUUCAACAAAGAAGUUGUAUGGUGCAAAUACUAGAAUGAUUACUUUUUAAAAAAGCAGAUUGAAUUAGUUAGCAUAAUGUACCAUAAUGAAGAGUAUAUUGUCAAUAAAGUUUUAAAUUUUAUAUUUA